AUGUCCUCUUGUUCUUCCACCACCACCACCACAAACCCCACCUCCACCUCCGAUAUGGCUAGUAACGCCACCGCCAUAACAGACGUCCAUCCAGACAUCAUCCGAACUCACAUCUUGACCAAACUCGACGGCCCAAGUCUAGCAUCCACUAGCUCAGCGUCCUCCCAUUUACAAUCUCUCUCUUCAGAAGAUGAACUAUGGAGAGAGGUUUGCAACUCCACAUGGCCGUCCACCACUGACCCACUAGUCAGCGCCACCAUCUCCUCCUUUUCCUCCGGUCACCGGUCAUUUUUCUGCGACGCCUUUCCCACUUUUCGCCCUUUCUCUCGUCCGUCGCAUCCCAAUCGCCGCCCUUGGCCUUCGGUAUUUGAUCUCAUCUCAGCCGUCGAUGUUCACUAUAAAAACAAGCUUGUGUUCUCCCAAGCUCAUUUGACCGAGACUGUAAGCUUGUGGUUCCAGUGCUCACUGUUGAGGGUCGACCUUCUCGACUAUAAAGAGACAGUGCCGACGCCGGUGAAAUUCGCCGGUGAUGAGGAGACUUGCCGGGCAGAUUUGGAAGAACACAUGAGCUUGAGCUGGAUUCUGAUCGAUCCAACCCAUAAACGGGCAGUGAAUUUGUCGAGCUUGAGGCCGGUUUCGGUGAAGCGCCACUGGUUGACCGGAGACUUUCUGGUCCGGUAUGCCACAAUACUGGCCGGAGAUCUCAACGGUGAUCGGUGGGAAUCGGUGCAGUGCAGUUUGAUGGUGACUUGCGUGGGAGAGCAAGGAGGUGAGUUGCAGGUGAAAGAGGUGAGCAUGCAGGUGGAGGACAUGGAUGGGAUGAUUUUGAGCGGGAAUGACGGUUUGGUAUUUUUGCAAGAGGCCAUGGAGAGUGAGAGGAGGAAGAGGGGGAAGAGAGGGGAAGAGAGAGAGAGGUAUGAGGAGUAUUUGGAGAUCAGAAGAGAGAGAACAGAGAAAAAUCAGGGGAGAGAGUGGAGGUUGGACAAGGUGUUCAUAGCCACCGGAAUCAUCAUUUUUCUUGCCUUUUGGGCUUUUGUUCUGUAA